AACUCAUCCAAAAUAAUAAUAUUAUUAUUCUAAACCCUAAAAGAAAAAAAAAAUCUGGAUCUGCUUUUAAGUAACUGAAAAGAGAGAGAGAGACACAGCACUUUGACUGUCUGAUCUGGGAGAAAGCUGGUGGUUGAGGUGGUCGCGCAGGGGUUGUUGGAACGCCGGCUCUGACGGUGGUUGAAGGGUGGCGCAGGGGCUUGCAAUGACCUAGCCAUCUUAUGAUUCCCACUGAUAAAAAAAAAAAAGAAGAAAAGUUGGCGUUUUUUUUUUUACCAUUAAUAACAAUUUCUUUCACUGCUAUAUAUAUAUAUAUAUAUAUAUAUAUAUAUAUUCCUAUUGGUUUGACGUAUUGAUUAUACUGUGGGCCGUGUGGGGAUGUAUCUGAGCUGGUUCUGUUUUGGGUUGAUUGAUUUGAACCGGUGGGCUUAGAACUGGUUUCCACAUUUCUUUAUUCUCGAGCUUUUAUCUUUUCGGUUUGGUGAUUCAGUUGAUUAUAUAGAGAUUGGCUUUGGUAUGCUUAUAAAAGAUGUCACUGAAGAUUAUGAUGCGAGAGUUGAAGGAAAUGAAAGAUGGGAUUGGGAACAUAUCAAAGAGAGGUGGAGAAAGAAAGCUUUGGCGAAGCCGGACAAGUUCCCAUGUCGUUCCGGACCAGCCACAGGAAUCUGCCGAGCAAAGCCCGUGGGCAAAUCUGCCCCCGGAAUUGCUCUUAGAUAUCAUCCACAGAGUGGAAGAGAGUGAAACAGCUUGGCCUGCUCGAGCUGCUGUUGUUUUUUGUGCUGCAGUUUGUAGGUCUUGGAGGGAAAUUACAAAGGAGAUUGUGAAGACUCCCGAGCAAUGUGGGAGGCUCACCUUUCCAAUCUCAUUGAAGCAGCCUGGUCCUCGCGAGUCUCCGAUUCAAUGCUAUAUUAGAAGGGACAGAGCAACGUCUACAUAUCUUUUGUUCUAUGGUCUGGUACCUUCUGAGGGAGAGGGUGAUAAAUUGCUAUUGGCAGCAAGAAAGGUCAGAAGGGCAACAUGCACUGACUUUGUUAUAUCUUUGGCUGCCGAUGAUUUUGCUAGGGCCAGCUAUACGUAUGUUGGUAAACUAAGGUCUAACUUUUUGGGUACCAAGUUCACCGUAUAUGAUAGUCAACCUCCAUGUGACUCCAUGAUCCCAUUGACCACCCACCGAAGAUUCCACUCUAAGCAGGUAUCUCCGAGAUUACCUGUAUGCAACUACAGCAUAGGUACCAUUACCUAUGAGCUCAAUGUUCUGCGAACACGAGGACCAAGGAGAAUGCAUUGCGUUUUGCAUUCAAUUCCUGUCUCUGCUAUUCAGGAAGGAGGCACUGCCCCAACGCCGUUGGCAUUACCGCAAUCCUUUGAUGAGCAACUUUCUCCUUUACCUAGUUCAAAAGGAAAGCAACCACUGAUGGACACCAGCUCCACGAGCCCAGCAGUCACACCUUUAUUUUCGCCAGGCUCAGGAGAGCCAUUAACCCUUAAAAACAAGGCUCCUAGAUGGCAUGAGCAGUUACAGUGCUGGUGCCUUAACUUCAAGGGUCGUGUGACGGUGGCCUCUGUUAAGAAUUUCCAGCUUGUAGCAGCUGUUGAGCCAGAACAUAAUGUAUCACCUGAAGAUCAGGAGAAGGUAAUCUUACAGUUUGGGAAAAUUGGUAAGGACAUCUUCACCAUGGAUUAUCAAUACCCUCUUUCUGCGUUCCAAGCCUUUGCGAUCUGUCUAAGCAGCUUUGACACCAAACCGGCUUGUGAAUGAUGCCACCGGAAGGAGAUUCAUUGAUGUGCCAUGGAUUAGUGCCAUCGUUCCUUGUUUUCAUUUUACAAGCCAUUGUAAGUCUCAACCUACCAGAGCAGCUUUAUGCCUAACUGGCAAACCGGCUGGCAUGUAAAUGGUAGCAGGUUGUAGAUGGGAGAUGCACAUCUUUCUCAGAUUGAAUGCUUCCUGUAUUCCAAUUACUAGUGUUUGUAUUCGGAUGGAAGCGUUUCUUGUAAGGACUUUGCUCGGCUGAUUUCUAGCUUUUCAGUGCGUCAUGCAAUCUGACUAGUAUGUUGUUUGGUCACCUUAAUUAGAAUCAAAAAUGAAUUAACAGCAAA